CCGUUCGAUAUACGAUUUAAAUAAUUUGAAAUUUUUUAACCAAACCAGAUUUUCACUCUUAGUCAAUGAAAGUGGAGCAAUGGGCCCCGCGCCGGCCCUCUUCUGCGUGGUGCUGCAAGAGCGGAAGAGCUGCUUAUGCUUUUCUUGUUUUGUUUCUUUUUCUUCGAUCUUGAUCUCGCGCACAAGUUUUGCAAAGGGCGCCUCGUCUCGUGUAAAAGGUCAACAACACUCAAAAAACGAAACGAAAACGAAAAUGAAAACGAACGAAAUGUAACGAAAGCACCUAACAGCAAUACGCGACGGCCUUCAGUGAGCCGACUUCGUCUGCAGACUGCCUGACUACCUGCCUGCAGACGCACUCUCUGCUCUGCUUGCCCUCUGCCGCGCCCGCCCGCUCUCUCUAUCUCUCUCUCCUCUCUCUCUCAGUGCUCUGUUGAUAAGCUCUUGCACUUGCCACUGGCCAGCUUACAUAACCCGAGCGCUGCUCAAUUCGGCUGCUCCGUUAGUUCGGUUCGUGUAUAAAACGCGCCGCUGCAUCGUUAGCCGAAUCAUUUACAGUUUGUCGUUGUUCCAGCAGACGACACAAAGCAAAAACAAAGCCCAUAUCCUUUAUCCAGUCAAUCGAAGCGUUAUGGCGGCGUAUUUCAUACUGAGCGCUCUGCUGCUCGGCAGUCCCGCUGCAUGGAGCAAGCCAACCUUUGGACGUGAGCACGUGCACAUACGCAUCCACCUGCCGGAAAGUGGCGGCGACGGUGGCCACGAUCAUGGCCAUGGCGGAGGCGGCGGCGACUUUUCCGCUUAUGAAAUACACGAUCAGGGUCAUGGCGGCGGUGGAUAUGGCGGCGGUGGCGGCUUUGGCGGCGGCGGUGCUCCUCAUGUGAGCACCUUUGCUGUCAUCACUGAGAAUCACGGCGCAUCGCUAGGCGGCGGUCAUUAUGGUGGUUCCGGUGGCUACAGCGCCGGUGGACACGGUCACGGACACGACGACGGCAAACUGGCUGUGAUCGCUGCUGCUGCAGGCGCUGCCGGCGGACAUGGCGGUGGUGGUGGAGGCCAUGGCUACAGCAGCGGCGGCGGCGGUGGCUCACAUGACAGCGGCAUCGCACACAUCGCGGCCAUUGCUGCCACCUCGGACUCCUCUUCACAUGGCAGCGGCGGCUAUAGUGGCUACAGUGGUGGACACGGCGCUGGUGGCUACAGCGGCGGCGGUGGUGGACAUGGAGCGGCUCAAAUCGCCGCCAUUGCUGCCACCUCUGACUCCUCAUCGCAUGGCGGCAGCGGCUACGGCGGCUACAGCGGUGGUGGUGGUGGCGGUCACGAUGAUGCCCAUUUGGCUGCCGUGGCAGCGGCGACUGCUGCGUCCUCGGGCUCCUCGCACGCAUCUGGCGGUGGUGGAGGCUUCAGCAGCUAUGCAGCGCCAGCCAGCAGCUACGGACCGCCAGCCAGCAGCUAUGGAGCGCCAGCCAGCAGCUAUGCAGCGCCAGCCAGCGGCUGGACAGGAACCGGCUCCAGCUACAGCGGCGGCAGCAGCUACAGCACCGGCAGCAGCUACAGUGGAGGCAGCAGCUACAGUGGCGGCCACGAUGAUAGCCACAUUGUGGCAGCAGCAGUUGGCGGCUCAGGCGGCGGUGGUGGCAGCGGCUACAACUACUCCCCGCCCACUGGCGGCUGGUCCGGCGGCAACUCCGGCUGGGCCUAGGCCAACGGCCGGCGCUGACCAACCCUGGUCGUCUAGUCUAUGUUCAUGUUCAUGGCCCCCGCGCCCCAUUGGAGA